AUGGCAGAACAUGUCUUGGGCGCAAAUUCGCCAGUGAGAAUCAUAGAUGGUUCGUUCAUCUUCAGGCAAUGGUUUGAUGAUGAGGUGGCCAAGCUGGUGAACGGGAAUGUCCACUGCCACAACUUGAAAUCAGCCAAACACCGCUUCGAGUCCCACACCGCUCCGCUUUGCCGACUCUUGAGCAACCUCCCUGCUGUGCUAGCCACCGUGCAACGGAUCAUCCAGGCCAGGAAGGAUCAAACAGGCUCAGCGCUGCAAACUUGGCUGCAGAAUCUAACAGCCCAAGAAUUGCUGCAGCUUGGUAUGGUGGCUGACGUCAUGGAUGAAAGCCUGCUGCUCAUCAGGCAGGUUGACAACGAGGAAUGCGACAGCGCUGAAGUUGGAAACUACGUGCAGAGUUUUGCUGAUCGGAUUCAGAUGCUGAUUGUGCAGAAGGCUAUACUGACGACAACGGGAUACACGAAGCUUGUGAUGGACUUGCUCGCGGAGGGGAAGCUGAAGUUUUUCGCUUGUGGUGUUGCCUGCCGCUUGGGGCCCUGUCAGGAUGAGUCAAUCGACCAAUGCUUCAAGAACAUGGAGGUGUUUUCUUUGAAAAGAGUGUCCAAAACAGACACCUUCUUCCAGAGCUCGGCCGACAGCAGUGUAGAGCGUUUGGCUAAGUUCUUUGGGGUGAGCUCGGGCGGCUUCCAGGAGCAGCUACACCGCCUUCGCCCCCUGGCAGAAAAGCGAUGCAGAGACACCAAUGGUGGAACCCGAGAGGCUUGGACAGCGACCAUGAAAGCUACUCAGCGGCGAAAUUCUAUGCAGGAGUCCUACCCAACAGCUGACAUUGCUCCAGUGAUGCGUCGCUAUCUUGCAUGGCAGGCGAGCACAAGUGGCGUGGAGCAGAACUUCGCUAGAGGUGAGCGCAAGAAUGCAUUUGGACAGACGCCUGCAAGUGAUGUGUUUGAAGAGCGGGCAAUGAAACUGAUGCUUUGUGACUUCACUCCUGCAGAGCUCGAAGUGAUUCUACGAGACUCGCAGCAGUUGUACAUGAAAUGUAUGCCAGGCGCAUGUCGCAAACGAAAGAGCGAACGCAUCGACAAAGACAUCAAGCGCCCCAAGACGAAUGAGGACCCAUCAAGCUCAGAGGCAGCGUUCAAAAGAGCAAGGAGGGACAGUGUGGCCAAUGCAGUGGAGAAAGAUUGGGAUCAAAGCCUUUCCUUCAAUUUGGAUGAAGAUCCCAGCCAUGAACUUUGGGCUGAGGCCCACGAGAAGGAGUUCGAAUUCCAGAAAAAGAAACAAAGAGAGCACAUGGUCACAGCCUACCAAGAGGGUUUACUCCAGGAGGCUGAGGUGGAUCAGGAAGCGGUUGAAACAACGCUUGCCAAAGAAAAGGAGCGAGACAAAUUGCUGGUGCGUGAGGGCAAGGUGCAACGAUCUUUUGCUGACAAGAUGCAUGGCCCCUUGGAGUGGGAGCAUCUGAGCGGCAAGACUGCUUGGGUAGCUUCAGACAUUCAAGAAGACAAGUUGGACGUAGCACUGCAAAAGUUCAACAUCACAAAAACCAAGGAACGAACAGAUGCAGAUGCAUUGAUCGUCAAGGAUGCCGCCAACAUGCCUGAAAGGGCCAGGCUUUUUGCGGCUGGACUUGGUUUGAUUGUCAUGGACGCCUGCCUGUUCAAUGGCCAGCAAGGAUUCAAGGUGAAAUUCAAAAGAGCAUGUGGGACCUCUCGAACAUUUUUCUUCACAGCCGAGUUCAAGAACCAACACCCUGAGUUUGAGAAGAAUGUCAGGUCUUUGCUGAACAAGCCUGUGAAGUUCAGCCACUGGAAGCUCGCGAAGACUAGACAAGAAGCUAGUUUUGUCUUGGCGACCAAAGCUGAGUGUCAACAUGAUCCGAGUCUUUUGUGCAAGGUUUCUUCCUAG